GGGGCGGGGGCGGGGGUUUAAUGCACGGAGAAUCUCUCCUGCUUAAAGGAGGCUGGCCCUGAAGACAUCAGGAGGCUCUGGCGAAGGUCCUUGUUGGAGUGGCGAAUCGGUUUGAAGUUCUCUCAAGGUCACAAGUAUCGACAUUUAAAAUUUUAAUUAUCAGAGGGCACAAGCACUGACUAGAAACGCACACACACACACACACACACACACACACAGAAGGAGAAAGCAUUCCCCAGUGGGGUUUGGUUACAUGCCAUCUUCCUCAUUUCUCUUCUACAUCCUCUUGGGACUUGCGGCAGGUGCCCACUGACGCACGCACGCACGCACGCACGCACGCACUCACCCACCUGCGUGCCCCUGAUGUAUUUUUUCAAAUCUGCAGAGUCAGGAUUCAAACUACAGUCAGCUCUCUGAGAUUGGGCUCUCUUAGCCACUCGGCCAUGAUGGCCUCCAAGUAUUAACAGAAAAUAAGAUAAUUGUGAACUUUCGUUACUAAAUAAACUUGUUUCUUAGUUUUUUUCCCCCCAGGGGCUCUUACUGGCGACCACAAUGGACAGUGUAGACAAUGCUGAUGUGAAAACUGGCACACUUCCUAAACUCAAGAGCUCAAAAGAAUGGUUGAAACCACAGCCACUUGGUUUUAUGGAGGCUUUAGCUAAAGAAGAUAUUGAUGCAGCUGUUCAAUCAAUAUUAUAUAGAGAAAACUAUGUAAUGAAGGAACUAGAUAAGUAUUUACAACAUCAUGACUUCUUAAAUACAAGAAGAAAAGAGAUGUUAUAUAAAAAGUGGGCUGAUCGUGUGGCAGACCCUCUCCAGAAGAGAAUUGUAGAGAAAGUUUGUUCACAUAAGGAGAUUACAAAAAGAAGACAAGAGGAAUUAGACAGUUUUUUAAAACAUGCAAAUAAAAAGGGAAAUGUAUUUAUAGAACAUUAUGACCCAAAAGAGUAUGAUCCUUUUUAUAUGAGCAAAGAGGACCCUAAUUUUCUAAAGGUUACUGUGCCACCAUUUCGUGAUCCUUUGAAAAAAGCACAGUAUGACAAGGACAAUGAGAAAAGAAUUCUUCUUCAGUGUGAGACUGGCAAGACAUAUACGAUGAGAGAAUUUAAAGAGGUUGAGAAGGCACAACUGAGUUCCAGAUUCCCAAGAAUUUCUACUUCAAGGCACUUUAUGACUCCAAAUGAGUGGCUUAAAGUGCCUACAAGAUACAUAGAAAGUGAAUUCUGUAAAAGGAGCAGGUUAAAAGUGAAAGUGAGUUUUAAUGAUAGCAGUUGGGAUUUGAAACCUUUGGCAAGAGCUUCUCAUCCUCCAGAACCCCAGGAAGGAGAAAAAGCAGUUGUUCACAACUCCAAAAGAUUUUAGCAACCAAGGAACAAACAUACUGAUUCUUGACGGGUGAAAGAAGAUGCAAAAGAAGGCUGCUUCAGAGGAAGUCAUCUGCUAGCAGGAAUCAUUCAAGGUGAGGACCAAGAAAGGCCCUCAAGAAUUGUUUUAAGCAGGAUUCUGCAAUAAACUUCACUUACGCCUUGGAUUUAGUGCCUGCAAUAAUUAAGAAGUGGCAAUACCAUGUAUUGACAGUGAUUACAAAGGUAUUUUUCCCAGAAGUUAAGAAAUAUU